AGGAUCAUCAAACUCCAAAGAGUGUCCACGUAGAAUUUUAUCGUUGUCGGUUAAUUUUACGAGCACUCGUUGCGACAUCUAGUCAUCUUCGCGAAAUUGAUUGCCAUCUUCUGAGAACUGCCAUUCUCCCACACAUCGCUGAAUAUCUUUUCUGCUUCUAAAGGAGUGAGAAGAUGCCUGGAUUAACUGCACCCUCAGAUUACUCGCAAGAGCCACUUCGUCACCCAUGUCUCCGAAUCAACGCCAAGGAGCCCUUCAAUGCAGAGCCACCGCGCUCCGCCCUGAUCUCGUCUUAUGUGACCCCCGUAGACUUCUUUUACAAGAGAAAUCAUGGCCCUGUUCCAUUAGUGGAUGAUAUUGAAAGAUAUUCUGUUUCUUUAAAUGGCCUAAUAGAAAACCCAAAGGAGCUGUUCAUGAAAGAUAUCAGGAUGCUUCCAAAGUACAAUGUCACUGCCACUUUACAGUGUGCAGGUAAUCGAAGGACCGCGAUGAGCAAAACCAGAACAGUGAAGGGAGUUGGCUGGGAUGUUUCAGCUUUAGGAAAUGCUGUGUGGGGUGGUGCUAAAUUGGCUGAUGUUCUUGAACUUGUUGGAAUACCGAAGCUCAGCUAUAGUACACAAAAAGGUGGAAAACAUGUUGAGUUUGUGAGCAUUGAUAGAUGCAAGGAAGAAAAGGGAGGUCCAUACAAGGCAUCAAUUCCACUGAGCCACGCUUCAAAUCCUGAAGCAGAUGUUCUCCUUGCUUAUGAAAUGAAUGGAGAACCUCUUAAUCGAGAUCAUGGGUAUCCGUUGCGUGUGGUUAUCCCUGGUGUUAUUGGUGCUCGUUCUGUUAAAUGGCUUGAAUCUAUUAGCAUAAUUGCAGAGGAAAGCCAGGGUUUCUUUAUGCAGAAAGACUACAAAAUGUUUCCUCCUUCCGUAAAUUGGGAUAAUAUUGAUUGGACGACUAGGAGGCCUCAAAUGGAUUUCCCUGUUCAGUCUGUGAUGUGUUCUUUGGAGGAUGUAGAUCAUAUAAAGCCCGGAAAGGUUACGGUUAGUGGUUAUGCAGUGUCGGGCGGUGGGCGGGGAAUAGAGAGAGUAGAUAUAUCUGUUGAUGGAGGCAAAAGCUGGAUUGAAGCCACCAGAUAUCAGAAGACUGGCGUCCCAUAUGUUGCAGAUAGUCGGAGCAGUGACAAGUGGGCAUGGGUGCUUUUCGAGGUGACGCUCGAUGUGGAACAAGACACGGAAAUUGUUGCAAAAGCUGUUGAUUCAGCAGCAAACGUGCAGCCAGAAAGAGUGGAGGAGAUAUGGAACCUAAGAGGUAUACUCAACACCUCAUGGCAUAGGGUUCAACUUCGAGUUGGUCGGUCCAGUAUAUAGAAAGAAACAAAGAACAGAAAUUAAAGAAAUGCUUUAUGGUUCUGUAUUCUCCUAAACGCACCGUUUUAUGUGCGUGCUCCAUUGACUGUGGAA